GAGGGCAUUAGUAUUUAUAGCGCCCCUCCACUCAGGAAGACACCUUCACACCCACCUCUUGCUGCCACUAGACAAUGCAAGAGAGAAAAUCUACAGAAAUUGCGACACGUGCACUUGAUCAUCCCCGAUGCAAUCCCGAUUCGGAGAUAGCUGAACAGGUUGACAUUAGCCCGAAUGAAACCAGCAAACGUCCAUACAGCGUUUAUACCAGACGGGAGAAAUGGGUAGUGGUUAUCAUGAUUGCUGCUUCAGGUCUUUUCAGUCCUCUUACGUCAAGUAUUUAUUUCCCUGCGAUUCCGACCCUCUCUGUAGCGUUCAAUAAACCGGUGGAGCUAAUUAAUCUUACGGUGACGAUGUAUAUGGUUUUUCAGGCGAUAUCGCCAAUGUUCUUUGGCACUCUUGCGGAUGCCGUGGGACGAAGAUUGAUCUAUGCGUCUUGCUUGUUGAUUCUCUCUCUCUCGUGUGUAGGAUUGGCACUUGUUCCGGUAAACGCUUACUGGUUGUUGUUGCUACUUCGUUGUUUCCAGUCGGCGGGAUCAGCUAGCACUAUUGCAUUAGGUUCGGGUGUCAUUGGCGAUAUCGCAGAACCUGCAGAACGAGGCGGAUUCUAUGGAAUAUUUCAAAGCGGUCCUGUAUUUGGUCCCGCCAUAGCACCAAUUAUCGGUGGCGCGUUGGCAGGAAGUUUGGGUUGGAGGUCAAUAUUUUGGUUUUUGUGCAUCGCGGCCGGUGUCGCCUUCAUUGCCAUCAUAUUGUUUCUCCCGGAGACCCUACGAGCCAUAGUAGGGGAUGGAAGCAUUAUUCCACCCCGCUAUCUGCGUCCAGUGAUUCCAAUCAUCGGUCGAAAACACACUCGCCACGAUGCCCCUUCGGAUCAGGCCCUACCACAGAAGAAAAAUUUCCGAAAUCCUUUAGUGUUGCUGAAACAACCCGACAUCUUCAUCCUCUUGUUCUUCAAUGGCUUCGUUUGUGCCGUUUUUUACUCUGUUACCGCCACGAUCUCCACUCUUUUUGCCCAAGCAUAUCCUUUUCUCACCGAACUACAGUUGGGUCUCUGUUUCCUCUGCAUCGGUGGUGGAACGUUUUCUGCGACUGUUUUCUGCGGAAGAAUGCUGGACUUGAGUUAUCGUAGAACAGCUAAAAAUCUCUAUCCUGAUCUUGACCCUUUGGAGCGCAAAGAUAGAGCAAAGAGAGAUGAUCAAUUCCCUAUCGAACAGGCCCGACUCGAAUUCGUUUCUUAUUCCAUGAUCGUGUUCGUUGGCGUUGUUCUCGGAUACGGGUGGUCCGUUGAAAACAGGGUUCAUAUUUCAGUUCCGUUGAUCCUCCAUUUUUUUGUUGGAUUUUGUUCCAUGAUUGUCAUGACUACUGCAAGUACCCUCUGCAUUGACCUCGUCCCGGAUCAAAGUUCUUCAAUCGCAGGUUGUAAUAAUCUCGUUAGGGGUAGUCUUGGGGCCACUCUCGUGGCAGUUAUAGACCUGCUUACGAGGAAAUUGAGUCCCGGCUGGACAUAUGUGCUUCUAGGUGGCGUAUGUGCCCUCCUGACCCCUUCUAUCUAUGUGGUGAUGAGGAUAGGACCCAGGUGCCGUGCUAAGAGGCGUGCGCGGCAGAACGAUCCUUGAUGUGGGCUUUGAAACGUACUGAGUAGCGACGCCACGAGCAAUGGUAUCAUCAAGCGAUGGGAUAAAUGGGUUCCAUUUUUUAAAAUUAAGCUGCAAGUUAUGAGAUUGCAGCCUGGCCUCAGUAGGCCCGGACAGUCUUGUUACUGUACAUACUGAGAUUUACAUGAAUAAUUACUUCCAUC